UUCGUGUGCUGUCGGCAGAUGGCGGAGGAGCAGGCGCGCAGCGAGGCCGAGGGGGACGUGCUGCCGUGGACGGUGGCCGAGUUCUACCGCGGGCAGAGCGUGCUGCUGACGGGCGGCUCGGGCUUCCUGGGGCGCGUGCUGCUGGAGAAGCUGCUGUUCUACUGCCCCGACAUCGACACCGUCUACGUGCUGCUACGCCCCCGCAAGGGGCUCUCGGUGCAGGAGCGCCUGCAGAAGAUGCUCGACGUCCCGCUGUUCGACCGGGUGCGCGCGCAGCGGCCGGAGGCGCUGGGACGCCUGCAGACGGUGGUGUGCGACACGGCGCGGCCCGGCCUGGCGCUGGCGGAGGCGGACGCGCGCGUGCUGGCGGAGCGCGUGUCCGUGGUGUUCCACCUGGCGGCCAGCGUGCGCUUCGACGACCCGCUCAUCACGGCCGUGCGAACCAACGCGUGCGCCACGCGCGACCUGCUGGAGCUCGCCACGCGCAUGACCAAGCUUAAGCUGUACCCGGCGGCGGGCGACUGGCGCUCCAUCCUGGCGCUGGUGGAGGCGCACGGCCAGAGCGACCCGGUGGCCCUGCGCGCUCUCACAACCAAGAUUCUGGGCCCUCACUGCAACACGUACACAUUCACAAAGAACUUGGCGGAGCACAUCGUGAAUCACUACUCGGACCGCCUGCCCGUGGGCAUCGUGCGCCCUUCAGUGGUGGUGGCUACCGCCCUCGACCCGUUCCCCGGUUGGAUCGACAACUUCAACGGACCCAUGGGUUUGAUGGUGGGCGCUGGGAAGGGAGUGGUGCACACAGGCUACAGCGAUCCCGACGGAUACAUCGACUACAUUCCCUGCGAUGUCGUCGUCAAGGGAAUUGUCAUGGUGGGGCCGCCGCUCGUGUACAACGCCGCGCAGUCGGAGAUGCAGCGCAUCACCCAGGGCCGCGUCCUCGACAUCGCGUACGAAGCCGACGCCGAGCUGCCCUUCUCGGACACCCUGUACCACCCGUGCGGCGGCGUGACCAGCAACCGCCUGCUCUUCCUCGUGCAGUUCUUCUUCUUCCAUCUGGUGCCAGCGGUGAUCGGCGACGCUCUGCGUUCCGGCUACGGUCCGCAAAAACCCAUUGAGUUGAUUCGCCUGCAGCGCCGAAUCUACUCGGCCAACAUGGCACUUUCCUGGUUCCUCCUGCAAAACUGGAACUUCUUGAACAACCGCUUCCUGAAUUUGGAGAAUAAUCUGCGGCCAGAGGACCGUGAGGGAUUUUCCUACCAAGUGGAGAGCAUCGAACCUGAGACCUUCUUCAGGGACGCGCUGCACGGCACGCGCCGCUACCUCAUGAAGGAACCCGACAGCAAUAUACCUCAAGCCAUUCGCGCUUAUAAGAGGAAACGUUUAAUUCAUCUGAUCCUGAAGACACUGUUUUAUGCCACGAUAUCCUGGAUAAUUUUAUCCAAGCUUCACUUUCUGUUGUUUGUGGAAUGAUGAUGGUGCUCCCGAAAACUACCGCUACCACACUACUACAACAAUAUAUAAUUUACCAAACUAAGUUACCAAAAAUAUUAAAUAUACAAUUUAGUUCAAUGGUUUGUAAUCUACAUCUGUGACAUUAAUAAAUAAUAUAAUUCUACCUUGUCUAUCCUCGUUCUUCACCCCUGUUCCUGAUGGUAAAAAGAGUUAUUCUGCACGAAACAUUAAAGUUGCUAUAUUAAUAUUGC